GUUAUCCCAUCUCUAUUUUCCAUCUCUCUAUCUCCCAAACCCUAAACCAACCAACCAUGGCAGAAAGAGGUACAGGUGGAGACCGCGGCAGCUUCGGUAGGAGUUUCAGCGACCGUGGACGCGGCCGUGGUGACCGUGGUCGCGGCCGCCGUCGUGGAACCCGCGGAGAAAAGGAGGAAGAAAAAUGGGUUCCGGUAACAAAACUCGGUCGUUUAGUAAAAGAAAAAAAAAUCUCAAAACUCGAAGAAAUUUACCUUCAUUCUUUACCAAUCAAAGAAUACCAAAUCAUUGACCAAAUCUUACCAGGUCUAAAAGAUGAAGUAAUGAAAAUCAUGCCUGUUCAAAAACAAACACGUGCGGGACAACGUACGAGGUUUAAGGCUUUUGUCGUUGUCGGUGACAGUAAUGGGCAUGUGGGGUUAGGUGUCAAGUGUUCUAAAGAAGUGGCGACGGCGAUUAGGGGAGCGAUAAUUUUGGCGAAGUUAUCGGUGAUUCCGGUGAGGAGAGGGUAUUGGGGGAAUAAGAUUGGGAAAGUACAUACUGUUCCGACAAAGGUGACCGGGAAAUGUGGGUCGGUGACUGUGAGACUUGUGCCGGCGCCACGUGGAGCUGGGAUUGUGGCGGCGAGAGUUCCGAAAAAGGUGUUGCAGUUUGCUGGGAUUGAUGAUGUUUUUACUUCUUCUCGUGGGUCUACCAAGACACUUGGAAAUUUCGUCAAGGCAACCUUUGACUGUCUCCUCAAGACCUAUGGUUUCUUGACCCCUGAUUUCUGGAGAGAGACAAGGUUUUCGAGGUCCCCAUUCCAAGAGCACACCGAUUUACUACAAAAGCCAACAACAAAGGCUAUCGCCUAUGUCGAGGAUGCUGCUGAUGUCGUUGCUUGAAAACUUUUAAUAAUUUUGGUGAGUAUGUUCUGUUUUUAGGAUGUUUUGAUACAGAUUACUGGUUUAAUGUUAUUUAUUUUCUUUUCAGAGUAUUACUCUUUUGGUUUUGGCUAUGCAAGUACAAUUUCUUAUAAUGCCAUGUUUAUCUAUAUGCUA